AUGUUGGGCUAAAUAUAUUUUUUCUCAAAUUUAGUAGAACAUUUUCUUUAAAUCCUCGGCUCCAUCGCUAGUUUUCAGAAAAAUAAAUAAUAAUUAAUCCAAAAUUAAAAAAAAAAGAGGAAAAAGUUUUUAAAAAACAGAAGAAAUUAAAAUUCAAGCAAAUUUCUUUCAGAUAUUAAAACAAACCUCGAUGACUUGAAAAAAAUUCUAUUGAGUAUCUACUUGCACUCGCUCGUGAUCUAUCUUUCUUUCUUUAAGAAGUAAGCGACAGUGCUCUAGUACUUACUCAUCUCCUAAUAUGAAUUUUAACAAAGAACAAAAAAACUUUCUACUUUUCAAAAAAUGUAGUUAGUUAGUACUUAAAAAGUAAUUAGUUCUCCACUUAGUUUUCUUUUAAAAGAAAUUCAAGUUAGAGUGCGAGUUUCAUGUUCGAUCGCUCUACUUGUUUUUGUUUAAUGA